CUGCACUCACGAAUAAAUAUCUUCUAUAUAUAUAACCCUUUCCAGCUAUCAUAACUUCAUAAAAAUUUUGGAAUUCAAGAACUAAGGUGCCUCUCCAAUUAAACCUUUGGUUAAUUGUAAUCUAGAGAGCUAGAGAGAAACAAAAUUAGAAGUUUGGUUCUUUUCACCAUGCAACCUGCAGCUAUAUUCGUCUUCGGUAUCUUAGGCAACAUAGUUUCAUUUCUGGUGUAUCUUGCUCCAGCGCCGACAUUCCAUAGAAUCAUAAAGAAGAAAACAACAGAAGGGUUUAAAUGUGUGCCAUACGUGGUUGCAUUAUUUAGCAGUAUGCUAUGGAUCUAUUAUGCAUAUCUCAAAUCAAAUGAGAUUCUUCUCAUCACCAUCAAUUCCGUUGGCUGUUUCGUCGAAACUAUAUACAUCUCCAUUUACAUGACUUAUGCAUCCAAAGAGCGUAGGCUAAGGGCUCUCAAACAAACUAUCCUUCUCGACGUUAUUGGGUUCGGCUCGAUUCUGUUUUUCACGCUCUUUUUCCUAAAAGGACAUCAGCGAGUUGUGGUUCUUGGCUGGAUAUGCGUAAUAUUGGCUGCAGUCGUGUACCUCGCACCUCUAGCCAUCAUGAAACAAGUUAUUCGAACAAAGAGUGUAGAAUUCAUGCCAAUCUCACUCUCAUUUGCUCUUUCACUCAGCGCUGUGAUGUGGUUUUUCUAUGGUUUACUGCUCAAGGAUAUCUACAUUGCGAUUCCUAACACGGUGGGAUUUGUAUUUGGACUACUCCAAAUAUUUCUAUAUUAUUUUUACAAGAACAGCAACAUAGAUUAUGCUGAAAAGCAGAAACUUCCAACUGCUAUCAUUCUCGAAACGACGACGAAUCCAGAUCAGAUACACCAUGUUUGCCCUGUGCCUCAAAAUGAUCAAGAUUUGGAAAUUACUGUUACAGUCUUAGUUGAAAAUGGUGGUGAAGGCGUUGUGGAGCCCAAACAAACCACUGUGGAUCCUCAUGAUCAGCCUAAUUAAUCAAAAUUAAGAUUCCUAAUAUCAUGUGAUUAAAGGUGGUCAUGGCCCUUUUUUAAUUAACAAGUAUAAACCAAGGUUUACUAUUAAUGGGGCCAUUAUGCUUUCAAGGUGUUGGGUAAUUUCAAUUUGCUGGCUGCAUGCCAUGUAAAAUAUCUCAUGUUUCUUUUUCAUCUGAUGUUUUAUAAAAUGUGAACUAUUGCACUUUUUCA